UUGACCGUUACCAUUAGCGCGCCACGCUUUCCCUUUCUGCUGGAAAACGGAACCCUAAUUUCAUAAGUCUCUCCCAAUCUCUGCUAAAGGAACGACUUUUAAGGAGUUCCACUAGCAAUUAGGCUUUCUUAAAUUGUUCAGGUCUAGUUUCCGUAUCGAACUCAAGUUUACAUUUGUGUAUGCAUACGUGCCGAAUUGCGGUAACUGUUUAAGGAAGGUGGUGGCAUAUGGAGAAAAGAGUAAUUGAUUGUACUGGUGGAUGAAUUGAUGAUAUGAGUAGGCUCUCGUUUAGGCCACGACCCCUUGACUUCAACAAGAAGAUCCCCAUUGUAAAGUCUGUUAAGGACUUUGAGGAUGAUGAGGUGCCAACUUCCACUCGUAAUUCCCAGACACUCCGUCUCACUGCAGAAGCUGAUAAUGAGGUGCAACAAUCAUCUGCCAAGAAAGUUGCUUCAGAAAUACCCACUCCUCAGUUUGUGGUUGUGGAUACAUAUGAAAGGGACUACUCCCCUACAUUCACUCAACCGACAUCAUAUCUACGCGCCAGGGGAGCUAGAGCUGAAAUUGGAGAAUUUGUUGAGUAUGAUCUUGAUAAUGAGGAUGAAGAUUGGCUUCAGGAGUUCAACAAAGAAAGAAAAACUCUCGCAGCUGAAAAAUUUGAGACAAUCAUUUUUAAGUUGGAGGUUUUAGAUCACAAGGCUCGUGAAAGAGCUGGAGUUAUUACUCCAACACUUGGCUCACCUAUUCCGGUGCUUUUAACUUUUGAUGCUGCUGUCGAGGCGUUGCAAGCUCUCUCCAUCAAGUACGGACUUUUCCAGUCUAUUUAUAAUUACUGGAAAGAAAAGCGUGAACGGUGGCAAAAACCUAUCCUUCGACGUUUGCAGCCGCCGCCUCCAGUCAGUGAUACCAAUCCAUACAAUGUGUUCAGACCAAGGGAAAAAGCUCAUAAGCUUCACACAAGAAGAAUGCAAAGGAGGGAAAACAAUGUGCAAUCUUUUGAAAAGCUCCGCCAGGUCAGGCGCAACCUCGAUCAGGCAAAAACCAUUGUUGAGGCUCUUAUCAAGAGAGAAGAGAAAAAACGAGAACUUCUGGGGAGUGAGAUCACCCUUCAAAGAAUUCAAAUGAAUUACAAGCAUGAAACUCAUCUCCUUGAGGAAUCUCUGGCUUUAUGUGGAUUGCCAUCAUUUCCCAGCAAGCUUGGAUCAAGCGAAGAGGACUUUGAUUCUGAUGAUGUGGCAAGCAGCCGUCCCCACAGGCAACCUCCUGUGGUGCAAAAUCCACCUUUCACAGAAUCAAAGCGGGUUAUGGUUCCCGCAGGAAAUGUGAAGAGAGAGACCAGAAGACGCGUUCCUUAUACUUGGCUUCAUAAACUGGAUCCUACUGAGCCUGUUUUGCUGUUUACAAAGCCGCUACUUGCAGAUAAAUUAGCAGCUUCAGGCAUCAUACCUCCAUUAGAUCCUUCAAACCCGAAAGGCACAUCUCCUCGGUCAUUUAUCCGUGGACGGAUUGGCCGAGGGGGCAGAAUAGUGUUUGAUAGAUGGAACCCUCUUAUGCAUACCCCAAUUGACCAUGGGGAGACCAGAUAUGUACCACC